UGGCUGUCGCCCCUACGAGUCCUUGGAGAGGUCAAAAAUAAUGAUAACGAAAUUUACCGGAGAGUCGCUGUGGUUUUGAGAUAUACAGUUUAGUCGUUCACAUUUCUCUUGUUGGCUUAUCCAGUCCAUCACCGAGACCUUUUUUUCCAGGUGCUCAUUCAGCCUGUCAGCUAGCUAGCACAGCUAGCCUCAGCAGCUGGUGGCUAUGGCUGCAGUUAUUUUAAGUUUCCCAACUCUGCAGGGCCUGCGGAUAUUCACGCAGAAGCUGUCAUGGAGCACGAGAGGUGUGAGGCUUGUUUCAGGAGGGGUGAGAAGGAUAGAAAAGGUGCUGAUUGCCAAUCGAGGAGAGAUUGCAUGCCGUGUGAUGCGUUCAGCCAAGAAGAUGGGUGUACGCUCAGUAGCGGUGUACAGUGAUGCAGACACACACUCCAUGCAUGUAGCUAUGGCAGAUGAAGCCUACCGUAUUGGCCCUGCACCCUCCCAGCAGAGUUACCUCUCUAUGGACAAAGUUUUGGAAGUGGCCAAAAAAUCUGGAUCACAUGCGGUCCAUCCUGGCUAUGGUUUUUUGUCAGAAAACACAGAGUUUGCUGAGGCAUGUAAACAGGAAGGAAUCAUCUUUAUUGGGCCUCCCUCAUCUGCCAUCAGAGACAUGGGCAUUAAAAGCACAUCCAAGCAUAUCAUGUCAGCUGCUGGCGUGCCAAUUAUAGGUGGCUACCAUGGAGAGGACCAAUCUAAUGAGAAGUUGCAGGCAGAGGCUGUCCGGAUUGGAUACCCUGUGAUGAUCAAAGCAGUUCGUGGAGGAGGGGGGAAGGGCAUGCGUAUUGCACGCUCAGACUCUGACUUCUUGGAGCAGUUGGAGUCAGCACGGCGGGAAGCCAGAAAAUCCUUCAAUGAUGAUGUCAUGCUGAUUGAGAAGUUCGUGGAGGAUCCCAGACAUGUGGAGGUCCAGGUGUUUGGGGACAUGCAUGGCAAUGCCGUCUAUCUGUUUGAGAGGGACUGCAGCGUUCAAAGGAGACAUCAGAAGAUCAUAGAGGAAGCACCAGGGCCUGGUAUAAGCCCUGAAGUGAGGAGAAAACUCGGAGAAGCAGCGGUUAGAGCAGCCAAGGCUGUCAACUAUGUUGGAGCAGGUACGGUGGAGUUCAUUAUGGAUGCCCAGCACAACUUUUAUUUCAUGGAGAUGAACACCAGGUUGCAGGUGGAGCAUCCUGUCUCUGAGAUGAUCACUGGAACUGACCUGGUGGAGUGGCAGCUCAGGGUGGCAGCAGGGGAGCGCUUGCCUCUCCUUCAGGAAGACAUAAUGCUAAAGGGACACUCUUUUGAGGCUCGUAUCUAUGCUGAAGACCCAAAUAACGACUUCCUUCCUGGGGCGGGGCCUCUGCUGCAUCUCUCCACUCCCCCACCAGACCAACAUACACGUAUAGAGACUGGCGUCAGAGAAGGGGACGAGGUCUCGGCACAUUAUGACCCAAUGAUUGCCAAGCUGGUGGUGUGGGGAGAGGACCGAUCUGCUGCCUUAAAAAAGCUGCGGUAUUGUUUACGACAGUACAAUAUAGUAGGACUAAACACCAACAUAGAUUUCCUGCUGAAUCUUUCGGGCCACCCAGAGUUCGAGGCUGGAAAUGUGAGCACCAGCUUCAUCCCCCAGCACUACACCGAGCUCUUCCCCACUCCGAAAGCACUUUCUGGGGCAACAAUCUGUCAGGCAGCCCUCGGCCUGAUACUACAGGAGAGGAACCACACACUGGGAUUCACCCAGAGCUCCACUGAUCCUUUCUCCCCAUUUGGCUCUAGCCGCGGUUGGAGAAACAACAUCCUGUUUAACAGAAAUGUGACACUACAGGUGGGAGAUAAAAAAGUUGAUGUGGUCAUCAUGUACAACCAGGAUGGGAGCUACAGUAUGCAGAUUGGUGACGAGGUGAAUCACGUCACAGGGGAGGUGGAGAUGGAAGGCGGGGCAUCGUUCCUGCACUGUACUGUCAAUGGCGUCAAGUCCCGCCCUAAACUUGUGAUCCUGGACAACACGGUGCACCUGUUCUCCACUGAGGGAAGCUCUCAGGUGUCUGUUCCCGUGCCAAAGUAUCGGGCUGGUGUUGGCGGCUCAGGAGCUCAGGGUGGAGCCGUGGCCCCCAUGACUGGAACUAUAGAGAAGGUGCUGGUGAAGGCCGGAGAUAAGGUGACUGUGGGAGACCCACUGAUGGUCAUGAUAGCCAUGAAGAUGGAGCAUACGAUCCGGGCGCCAAAGUCAGGCGUGAUCAAGAAGGUUCUCUUCAGCGAGGGCUCUCAGGCCAACCGCCACGCUCCUCUGGUUGAGCUGGUGGAGGAGGAAGAGCAGGCGGAGGGGAGCAGCCAGUAAACGCAUCGAGGUCACAGUUACACUGAAAGGUAGAAGAGGGCUAGCACGUGUAACAGCUGGAGGGAAAGCUAGUCAAUGUGAGCGAGUUUUGGCCUCCCGCAGGAUUUAAAUCAUCUGUUCGACAAAGAGUUUGGGUCAGUCUGAGAUCGACAUGCCAGCCGUGUGUUUGCUGGAUGUCUUCCUGCUAAAACUUCUAUCAUGGACAGCGGCUCUUUUUACUCAGCAAUUCUUGCCUACGUGUCAGCAUUUCUCAAAGUUUCGGGGGGCAUGAAACCACCGCAGUGGGGUGUGGAUGACCAUCGGGGAAAUGUACAGUCUGCAGUGCAGCGAGUGUGAUUUACGCAGAGAGAACAAACGAGAGUGUUUUAUUCCACUAGAAGCUGAUCUGGAUUCGUCUUCAUCGGCAGAUCCAUAUUUUCUUUCUGCUGCUGUCAGUGAAUAAUCUCUCCUAACUAAUGAAUGAGGAAGGAAAAAAGGCAGUUUGAACAUUAGACACAGGCUAGGGGGUUGAUUGCAAUGCCACAGAGACCUGAAGGGAAUAACCUUCGAACAUCAGGCAGAUCAGGUGAGAUAUCCCUGUCUGUGUCUCCAUAUCACAAACAUGGAGACGGCGGCGGUGGCAGGUGAGUGCUGUUGAUCCUGUAACAUGUUUGCUUACAGGUUGUUCUUCCCUCUACGUCCACAGCUCUGUGGCAUUUUGAUCACGUUUAGGAAAGAAACGCCUUACUGUAGCAACAAGAGAGUGGGGAGCUUUUCUCUUUAAUUUCUGCUCUCGUAUUCUCGCCAUCGCAGCAGAUUAAACCCUCCUAACUUUGACAAGUUCAGCUCAUGUCAGGGCACAUUAACAGCUUUCUCAUUAAUGGCUUAAACUCCUCUGAGGAGGCUUGUUACAAGCGCCAACUUAUACAGUUGCUGCUGAGUCAUCAAACAUGUGUCGGGUCCCUGAAUUGGCACCAAAAGCUACCACUCCUCGAGCCAGAUUACUCUUUGAUCAGAGGCUCUUUGCUUUAGCCUGGGCUUUUCAGGGAGGGGUGAAAGAGCAUCGCUGUACAGGAAAGGAGUGCGCCAAGUUGACAAUGUGAGCACAAGUUGUUUUUAUUAAUUAAAAUCUGGCCACUCUGUGCUUCCAGACUGACUCCAAACACCUCUCUGUCACAAUUAAAACAAAAAACCACAGGUCUCCUUUAACCCUUGAUUCUGGUGCUGCAAGCACUCCAGAGUGCAUUCUCUGACGAAUCAGUCUCAUGUGCAGCAUUUCUGCACGCACUUGUCUCUCGGUUCAGAGUAGCUCCUGAAGGAUGAAAUGUCGGUCACGGAGAGAUUUUGGCGGACAGAUGGUUUGCAUCCGCGUAAAUCCAGUGAGGGAGUGAUCUGCCACAGAGACGGCGGUGAAGUGGAUCGCUCUCUUCUCACUAACCGGUGUGCUUUAAGAUCUUGACUAAAACUGUCAGUAUGAACACAUUUCCUGAAUUGUUUGUAAGUGUAAAAUAAUAAACUAGUCAAAUUCUGUAAUAAAAAUUUUUUUAAAGUAU